CGAAGCCUUGCUGGCUUGGCUUCGGCUCGGAUUGGAUUUGGAACCGUAGAUCUACGCAGUCGUGCCUGUCAAGACAGGUACUGAGGUAGAGCAUACACAUCUAUUCUAUGCACGUUUGGCGUAGUUGGCUGAAUGAAAGCGUUGGAAUGAGCAGAAAGCAAAAGAGCUCAGCUCUGCUCCCCGGCAACGUCGUGGUAAGAUCGCACGCUGAAGGGUGGCGUCCCAGGCUCCAGGCAGAAUCAAACUAACUUCCUCAGUUUGGUCAGCAUUUAGCUGUUGCAGAUCUCCAUUGUACUUGUAGUUGUAGUGUCCAGAUUUGAAUGAUAUCAUCAGUAGAUGCACACGCAGUCUGCGUCUCUUCUGGCCCUGGGGCAGCUGUUCGGAAAGCAGGAGUGCACAUUGUUAGGAUACGGUUCACUGCACUUUUGUCUGGUCAGCAGUCAUACUGAUGAACCUGCCGCUUGCAAUCUCAACUCGACGCAGGAACUACUAGUGAUUCUGUGAAGUAACGCUGAUUCGUGAGAGCGAGAGGAGACGUCGACGUGACCCUACCCGGCAACAGGCAGAAACGUCAUUGUAUACAGUGCUAGUGCUGCGCUUGUCGUGCUUGCAUGCUGCACGUGAACUGCAUCUGAGCGCGUGACCUUGCGACCUUGCAGCUUGUUACCGUCACACUUGAGUCUUUGCGGACCUAGUUAUCGUGUUCCUCGACUAACUUACUUGAUCACCUUCUUGUUUAUAAUCGUGGAAGCUUUUGUUGAACGCCGUUUGCUGCUUGGUCAACGGGGCCGGUCCAGGGAAAACCCGAUAGCAAUUAUCGUGAAGAAGUGAGUAGUACAAUCAUGUACUAGUACUAGUGGUAGGUCUACUUACUAGUGGAUCUACAUGCAUCAUUAUUUUCCAGGUGCUAGGUGAUCAAUCCGGUAAAUGGGAUCUCGAGAGUGCUCUCGAUCACUGGCUCCUUUCCCUCGUUUCAGCUGAACGUGACGUAGACUUGUUGUGAGCAUCAGUUGGGUGCGCGCUGGGCGUCGGUCCGAUCGAGUAAAAAUAGGACCACGACCUGGUGAUUCAGGACACAAGCAGGAGCACGAGCUGCCUCCGCUAAGAGCCCUUCGAGCUCCGAUUUGUUCAGAGUUUGGGCAGAGCAGGACCAGAAACACCCAUCAAUUUAGACCUGUCCCUGGCUGCGGUCUGAACGUCCGAACUGUCCAGCUUGCUCCGUUCCGCUCCGUUCCGCAGAAGCAGAGAAGGUUGGAUCGGCACUGACAUUGAAGAUAUACCUGCUGUUUCCGAAGAAACAGAGGCAAAGAAAGAGGACGCUCUCCGCACUGCACUUGGCUUGGUCAACGACAGCUCUAGCUCCGCACUCGGAGAACGUGGGCCUGGAACAGUGGAAGCAGUGACCAGUGCAGUGGUGACCUUCAAGACCACGGACGGGCACCGGUUGGUGGUGGAGGCGGCCAGGUGUGCUGGGCAUAUCCAGUUACUUCGGCUUGUGAGUGGUCAGUAGUCAACGACGACUAGUCAGGCACCGGGUCCGAUAGCCAAACGGUGAGACCUGCCCAAUGGCUGAUGAUGAUUCAACAUCCUCCAGUGCAAUGUCACUGACUAUAGUGGCUGCCGUCCUGGGUGGACUGACCUGUGUGCUGCUCAUUUGUCUGCUACUACGUGCAUGCCAUUGGCGUCGGCUCAAGCGCAAGCGUCAACGGCAGCAAAAGGAUGUCAAUGAGCGGUUCUCCAUUGACUUCCUGAGUCAGCGGCUGAUCGAGUCUGCCAACAACACCAGUGCAUCACGCCAGGCGAGAUCUAGCUCAAUACCACGGCGCUCCGAUGCCUCAACUGAUACACAGCAUUCGGCAUGCGGCACUGCCACUCUGGCAUUACAGGACCACCGGCCCACUACGAUGACCAGCGAAUGCGUCAGCACUAACUACGUCAACACCAGCAUCGAGGCCCGUCAGCGUGAAAGUGCGUUAGCCUCGGUCACCGAAAUAGCCCGGAGCGACAGCCUCUCUUCACUGGAAGUUAAUCCUAACUAUCGACCAACAUCAUCAGCCCUGCGUAAUAGCAGCAGCAGCUGUAGUAGCAUGGCUACACCGACACUGGCUCAUGUCCGUACUUCACCAGCAGGCAACCUUACCCAAGUACCCUCGUCGCCGCACGUCGAGUUAUCAGCGUCUGCCCUGGAGCGUCCCUACAUGAUGCUGGAUGAUGCACCGGGACAGGACAAGGCAGCUGCCUCACAUGACGUGAAGCAGAAGCUCCGCUCGGCUACUCUUGUGCACGAUAGCAAGUCACCCACUGCCCAUUACCAGAAACCCCGUGCUGCUACUAUGCGUCCACAGCACAAUGGUCAUCAUACUUCAAAGACGAGUGCUGGUAGUGGUCCAGUGUACGACAAUGUUGAUAAUGGAUCACCUUUGCAUCAGCCACGCAGAAAGUCCAGUCAGCAGUCAAACAGUGACGUGUUCUUCAGUAGCAACGGUAUGCACAGUGGUCACCGCCGUCCCAGCCCACAGCUGCUCAGUGUUGGCGCUCAGGUGAAUGGCAAAAAUCUCUCAACAGCGAGUAUUACGCCAUCUGAAAUGGACGAGGAGUACACGGACAUGACGUCACACAGCUCUGCUACGACGAAUGGCAAGAAGCUUUCAAUACCAAGUGUCACACCAUCUGAAAUGGAUGAGGAAUACACCGCGAUGACAUCACUCAGCUCUACUAAGGCGAAUGGCAAAAAGCUCUCAACAGUGAGCAUCACACCAUCUGAAAUGGACGAGGAGUACACGGCGAUGACAUCACCCCGGAAGAGCAGUGCAGCCAGUAUGGCAUCCCCGACUGCCACAGCCACGUUCAGCCCUGGUCAUGCGGGUCAGAAAGUGCCUGCCACCAGUACUAGUAGCAUCCUUAUCAAGACUCUUGAACAGCCUCAACUCACACAGCCACGAUACCAGAACAUACGGCAGAUUGCAGAAAAUGCUACCGAAGACACCUGCGUUUAAGACAAACGACAAUUGGAAAUAUUUGUGUAAGGUUGAAGGAGUUGAGAACAAUUGGAAACUGAGUCUUUUCAUCAAAUUGUCACACCCUCAAACUGUUCCCGUAGUACCUUGUUAGGUUUGAUGUUGUCAUUGGUGCCCCUCUCCCUCCUGUUCACUGUUCCUUUGAAAGUUUCACGUGAUUCUUCAUCCUUCAAAUUUUGUCCCUGGUGUGAUGUGCGCUUGCCGCUAUCGUGCUUCUCGCUUCCUUGCUCUAUUUUAAAAGUGCUAUUUGAGUUGUUGUUUUCCAAAUGGUUUUUUUCUCUCACCUCUUUCCGUUCAAUUUAAAAAAGAGUGUUUCAUUAUUAUCCCAAAAUUCCAUCCAUUGUUACGUACGUUCACUGAAGAACGUAAUGAGAAAACGGUUCUGAACACUUUUCCUUUUAUAUGUACAUUUCACAUUUACCUUUUACAAAUAUUGAUACUAUACAGUCAUGUACUCACGGGUGACGCUUUUGAAAGGAGAGAAACUUGAAAUUAUACAGUACACAACAGGAGAUGCGGUGUUUUAUAUACAAAUUGAAUGUCUACUUUUCUCUUUUAUCGACCAAUAUAAUCUUUGUGUGACCCCAUCGAUGAUAAGUCUAGCAAUCGCCAGGUGUCUAUACAAUGUCGUUACUGGUAUUGAGAAUUUUCAACAAUGAGUUUAUUUGAAAGGGUUGUUUUUGACAGAAUCUUCAAACCCGUUUCCAUUAUUUUUUUAAACUUUGAAACACAAUGUAUGUUAUCACUUUUUCACUUUAAAUUACAGGUGACAUUUUUUAAUUGUUUCCGUGGAGUGCAUUUGUGAUGAAGACCAUCACUGGUGAUGGAACACUCCUCCAUUUAAUCUUCAUCAAUUCCCAA